CUUAGUAGGCAUCAGCGAAUACACAGAGGAGACAAACCCUAUGAAUGCCGUGAGUGCGGGAAAAGUUUCACUCAGAGAUAUACCCUUAUCUCUCAUCAGAGAAUCCACACGGGAGAGCGACCCUACAAAUGCUGUAAGUGCGGGAUAAGCUUCACUCAGAGAUCAGCCCUUAUCUCUCAUCAGACAAUGCACACGGGAGAGCGACCCUAUGAAUGUUGUGAGUGUGGGAAAAGCUUCUCUCGGAGCUCAAACCUUACUAUACAUCAGCGGAUCCACACAGGAGAGAGACCCUAUGAAUGCCGUGAGUGCAGGAAAAGUUUCACUCACCUCUCCUCCCUUAUCUCCCAUCAGACAACGCAUACGGGAAAGCGACCCUACGAAUGUUGUGAAUGUGGGAAAAGCUUCUCUCGGAGCUCAAACCUUACUAUGCAUCAGAGGAUCCACACAGGAGAGACACCCUAUGAAUGCAGUGAGUGCGGGAAACGUUUCACUCAUCUCUCCUCCCUUAUCUCUCAUCAGAGAGUCCACACGGGAGAGAAACCCUAUGAAUGCAGUGAGUGCGGGAAAAGCUUCUCUCGGAACUCAACCCUUAUUACACAUUACAGAAUCCACACCGGGCAGAGACCCUAUGAAUGCUGCGAGUGUGGGAAAAGCUUCAGUCAUAGCUCAGGCCUUUCUAAACAUCAGAGAAUCCGUAAAGGAGAUAAACUUCAUAAAAACCUUCUCUAGAGCUGUGAGAAGAUUUUUUCUUUAAUUCUUUUGACAGUUCCCAGAUAGUAACUAUUAAGGUAUUUGCAUCUUUUGCACAUUGUGGUCCCUCAGCUCCCACACAUGAGUUGCCCAGUUUUGAAGCUCGCCCAUCUUUGGGGUGGAUCCUGUGGUCCUUUCUAUCAACUCCAUUGUCCUGCGAGUCAUGGGAGUGGGUGUCCUUUCUACCAGGAAUGUCCGUCACCCCAGGUGAGGGAGAUAGGGAGUGUCUUCAACCAUUUACGUUGAGAUAAAAUCUACCUGGGCCUCAUCACUAUGGUUGCCAUGGAGUUAGCUAGCUUGAGUUCACUUUUCUGAUAACUAUUCUUGCACUAAAGACGAGGGCAAUGGAAAGUAGGUGGAGCUAUCUUGCACAUUUCCUCCUGAUCUGACCUAACCACCGUCACAUUUCCUUGUCUUAACAAACCUGGAGUUUCACAUUUGUAUCCUCCUCCCAGUGCAAAGUUAUUGUUCGAGUUGCCACAUUCCUCUUUGAGGACAGAUUUUCUCAUUCCCAGUUGUCACAUUACCCUGGAUUGUGCAGAACAGCAGUUAUUUUGACU